AUGGUGUCCACAGACCACACCCUACAGUUACUCAUCAAUUAUGGUGACAAAAGUCUCUCGCUAUGCAACCAAACCCUUCCGCAAGUUGCCAUAGAAUACGGGAAUGGUAGCAAUAUCGGCCUCGCCAUCCACAAGAGCGCUCGUCUUCUUGAGGCAUUCCUGGGCAAGAAAUUUGCCAAUCUCAAAGCACCAGCACCGGGUACCUUUGCGCCGGUCUUUGUCAGCUGCUCAGAAGCACCUGUUCUUGUGGAUCCUAUCACGAAAUCCAUGCGAUGCUACAAGGAGUGUGUAGCCGCUCUCGACUUGGCCUGCGAGUUCGUCACCCAAACGGGGCUCAUCCGAGUACGCGGUGCUCAAGGGAAUCUUGGGCUCAUGACGAUUGACGGCUGCCAGGGCCACGAGGGCGAUAUUGUGUUCCUCGUCAUGGGGGGCACAAAUGAGUUCAGUGGUCUCUGUUUUACCAGCGACACGGUAGGCAUAAUGAAAUCUUGA